AUGGAGACACAAGACAUCGAUAAUCCUAUACUUCCAGCGGCGGGAGUCCGCAGGAGCCACGCAGCAGACGGUGGUGCUGGUCCUCCUCCGGGGGGACACUAUGACGACUGGACCCCAAACCCUCUCCAACGGGGAGGGAGGGUUCAGUCUGACCACAGCCCAAUGUCCAAUGCACUCUUGCGCUGUAGAAGGCCACUUAUUAUGGCAACCUACAACGCAAACACAGUGAGGGAAGAGGCGAGGUUGGAAGAACUAGCGCACUGUGCCGAGGAUAGGGGAGUGGAGAUCCUGGCAGUCCAGGAGCAUAGGAGAGUACACACAGACCAGACAAUUAACUAUCGCAGAGUGGGGGGACGCACGUUCAUCACCUCAUCUGCAUGGCGUAAUGAUGCCCAGGCAGCAACGGGUGGCGUGGGACUCAUGGUGAACCCCCGAGCACGAAAGGCCCUCCGUAGGGUGCACCCGCACACCAACAGGAUCCUUAGUGCCGAUUUCGAGGGGAACCCAGUAACAACGGUCAUGAGUGUAUACUCUCCCACCAACGUAGCACCGAUCGAGGAAGUUGAAAAGUUCUACGAUGACCUAAGAACAGCGAUCCACCAUGUGCCGGCUCACAACUUCCUCAUAAUCCUGGGGGACUUCAACGCGAGACUCGGACCGGAAGACGCACCGUUCACGUACCACACCAAUACCAACCGCAACGGAGAACAUCUAGCUGCCCUUCUUACGGAACAUGAACUACUGGCCGCCAACACCUUGUUCCGUAAGAGAAUGGGCAAGAGAUGGACAUUCCAGGACCGAGCCAGCAGUAUGCGACGUCAGCUGGACUACAUACUGGUAAGGAGGAAGUGGAGGAAGUCCAUCCUAAAUGCAGAGUCCUACAGCACGUUCGAUUCUGUAGGCUCCGAUCACCGUGUGGUCGCCACGAGGCUGCGCCUGAGCCUAAGGGUCCCCAAGAGCGCCCCGAGAGCCCGGCCCGACUGGGAGGCCUUCGCGGGAAGCCCUGAACUCCAGGCCAAAUACACAGCGGAGGUGAGAGCCCGCCUACAUCUGGCCGAGGAAGGGGAGCCAACGGCCUACGAGCGGUUCCUAUCCGCCAACGAAGAGGCAACCAGGAAAUGGGUGCCAACAAAGGGGAGACAUAGAGCCUCUCCUAGGUCCAAACACCCGGAGGUUGUGCGAGCGCGGACACUGGUGGAAGAGGCACGCAGAAGCUUUGAGAGAGUGGGGACCGCAGAGAGUAGGGAGGAGCUGAACAGCGCCAAACAGCAGCUGUUCAGCACCUACGACAGGAUCAAAGGGGAAGAAUUGAUGGAGAAGGUGAAGAAGGUGGAGGCAGAACAUGGCAAACAGAGAUACAAGGAGUCAUGGAAGGUCAUAAACGAGAUGAGUGGGCGCAAGAAGACGAGAGAGGGACAGCUAGCAGGCUGCAGCCCAGAGGAGAGAGUGACCUCCUGGUUCACCCACUUCCGGGAUCUCCUAGGCACCCACCCAACAGUGGACGGAGCUGAGGAAGAGAUACCUGCAGUCCUCACAAACCUCAACAUUGACGAUGGCCCCUUUACAGCUACGGAGUUUGCCACAGUGAAGUCCACCCUGAAGCAAGGAAAAAGUGCUGGGCCGGACGGUAUCCCCCCAGAGGUCCCUAAACACUGCGAUCUCGAUAACAUCAUACUGGAGAUCUGCAACCAGGCUCUGAUAGAAAACAUCAAACCCGAUAUAUGGUCCCUCUCUAAUAUCAUCCCGGUGCCCAGAGGUGGGUAG